UUUUUCAUGGUUCUUGGUUCUGAAGAGACGUUGUGAAAAGCAAAAGCCUUAGACACAAUUAGGUGUAGUGUCUCUUUUCUUUUCUUUUUUGUUGUUUUUUUGUUGUAACUUCUCUUUCUUGCUUUCAAGUUUAAUUUUUGCAAUUAUUAGAGAGAGAAAGAGAGCUAUUUUACAAGAGGCUGUGAUGGGUUGCCUUGGAUCCAGGGAACUCUUUAGUAAACAUGUGAAAAGGGUGCUAUCUUUUUUAGGGUUCUCUUGUGAUUCUUGGGACUUUUAAGUUUUCUCGGGUUCUUUUUCAUGACCCCUUUUUCUUUCUCUUUCUUGGGUUUAAAGAUCAGGGUUCAUGGAGGUAAAUGGAGAAGAUUCCAUAUAAGAAGUUAAUGAGGCCUUAAACAGGUCUAGCCUAUCUAUUUAGAGUCUGUAAGCUUCCACAAAUGGAAAUUUGGAUCCAUUCUCGUUGACCAGAUCUGACUAACAUUUCACUUUUAAGAACUUUUAGCUCACCCAUAUCUUUGCAUCCACUGGAUUGGCCUCCUGAUUUUGUUACAGUAUUAAACUUUGAUUUACCUUUUCCUAAAAGGCAUGGAAAAUGGUCUGUCAAAACCUGUUGUUCACAUUCCAAAAUCAUUCUUGAUGAGUGAAGGGUUGAUAAUUUUAGUUGAAUAAUGAGAGGCUGUGUGAUCUUGGAGGGGCUAGAGGGUAACUUUUUGUACUGUCCAGAUAGUGAUUUUGAUGGAGGAGAUGUACCGGGCGGUUGCAGUGCCAUUUAGAGUAGGUAAUUCAGUCUGUGAGAGUCCGUCCUUAGAUACCCAUAUGGAUAUCACAAGACUUUUAAUGGCAGACACAGCUAGCUUAUUAUCUGAUACUGUAUCUAAGGUUUCUACUGUGGGGAAUAAGGAUUGUAAUUGUUGUGAUUUAGAUGAUGAAGUUAAAGAUACAGCAGUGCAAGCUCCUAAAGAGGACAAGGGAGGAGGAGGAGGAGGAGGAGGAGGCACUUUGUUGGAUAUGAUCUCUGAAAAUGAAAAAAAUUGGGUUGUUGGUGAUGAUGUGAUAACACGGGAUAGCGAGGAGGACGAUUCUUUGUCGUUGGAGGGUGAUCCAAUUCUUGAUAGUUCUUGUUCUCUGUCAGUGGUCAGUGAGACAAGUAGCUUAUGUGGAGAGGAUUUCUUGAGUUUUGAGGCCACCUUUGAGGUAGGAACACCAAGUUCUGUAGAUAUUGAAAAGAGUGCUGGUGGUGUUGAUAUUAUUCCCAAGACAGCAGAUUUGGGGGAUUUGAAUGUUGACGCCAUCGUUAGCGAUCCCCUUUCUGUGGCAGGAAUUGUUGAGGAAGAGGUUGGAGAUGGAUCUGAUGCAAAGACAUCCGCUGUGGUACCUAAGUUGACUCUGGAAAGAGGGGCCAGUGGUACAAUCUCAAGAAGUGUUUUUGAAGUGGACUACAUACCCCUUUGGGGAUUUACGUCUGUGUGUGGAAGGAGACCAGAGAUGGAAGAUGCAGUUGCUGCUGUGCCUUAUUUUUUGAAAAUUCAUAUUCAAAUGCUGAUUGGAGACCGAUUACUUGAUGGCAUGAGCAAUUGUUUACCGCUCCAGACUGCUCAUUUCUUUGGAGUUUAUGAUGGUCAUGGAGGCUCACAGGUGGCAAAUUAUUGCCGUGAUCGUUUCCAUUCUGCUUUGUCUGAGGAGAUAGAAUUUGUAAAAAAUGGCCUGAUUGAUGGAAGUAUUAAGGAUGGUUGCCAGGAGCAGUGGAAAAAAGCUUUCACCAAUUGUUUUCUUAAGGUAGAUGCUGAAGUCGGAGGAAAGGGUGGUGCUGAACCAGUUGCUCCAGAAACUGUUGGUUCUACUGCUGUUGUGGCCACUAUUUGUUCAUCCCACAUCAUAGUAGCAAACUGUGGAGACUCACGAGCAGUUCUUUGUCGUGGGAAAGAACCAGUGGCAUUAUCAGUGGAUCAUAAACCUAACCGAGAAGAUGAGUAUGCAAGGAUAGAAGCGGCUGGAGGCAAGGUCAUACAGUGGAAUGGGCAUCGUGUCUUUGGUGUUCUAGCUAUGUCAAGAUCUAUUGGUGAUAGAUAUUUAAAACCGUGGAUUAUUCCAGAACCUGAAGUGAUGUUCAUUCCUAGGGCAAAAGAAGAUGAGUGCCUCAUUCUGGCUAGUGAUGGUUUGUGGGAUGUCAUGUCAAAUGAAGAAGCAUGUGAUCUGGCUCGCAAACGAAUACUUGUCUGGCACAAAAAGAAUGGUGUCACACUUUCCUCCUCAAGGGGCGGGGGAAUUGAUCCUGCAGCUCAAGCAGCAGCUGAGUACCUCUCAAACCGUGCCCUUCAAAAAGGAAGCAAGGACAACAUCACUGUAAUUGUGGUGGAUCUGAAGGCGCAGAGGAAGUUCAAAACCAAAACAUGACUGAUUCUUUUGGCAGCUCAACUUGUAGACUUAAUCUGGUACAAUAUAUGUUGCCCAUCUGUUUUUCACCUGGGCUUUAUGGCUAAAUGGAAGUAGAUGCCUGUAUGUAUUGGUAGAAUGCUUGCCAUCCUAGAACUCUUCUUUCUCUUGAAGAGUUGCCAUACACUUCCUAGGCUUGGCUAUGUAAAUCCUAGCCGUUUGUUGUAGGAUAGGAGAUCACAACGGUUCCAUCUUUGAAAUUAUGGGCAAUUGUAUUCGUUAUGCCUCCGAGCUUGAAUAAAAAAAAGGCAGCUCUAUGAGGUAUUACUUCCUAUUUUUCUUAGCAAGUGCUUCUUAUAAAGGAAUUGGAUAAACUGUGGA